AUGUCAUCAUCGAACAAAAAAUUUACUAUUGCUGUUGAAGGAAAUAUUGGUUCAGGGAAGAGUAGUGUGCUUGCUCAUCUAGCUAACUCUUCAUUAUGUGAUGUUGUUGCUGAACCAAUUGAUAAUUGGACAAAUUUGAGAGGACAUAAUAUUUUAGCAAUGCUUUAUGACGAUCCGCAUCGAUGGGGUUUUACUUUUCAAGCUAAUGCACAAAUGACAUUAGCAAAAUUACAUGCUAAACCCACUAAAGCACCUGUUAAAGUUAUGGAAAGCUCGAAUGAUUCAUGUCAUCUUGAUCUUAUCAUUUAUUUACGAGCUACACCUGAAACAUGUCUUCAACGUAUUCAAACACGGCAUCGAUCAGGAGAAGAAUCUAUUAGUCUUGAUUAUUUACAAACAUUACAUGAACGUCAUGAAGAAUGGCUUAUACAUCGAAAUCGUACAAAUUUAUCAAUUCCUAUACUUAUUGUUGAUGCCAAUCAAACAAAAGAACGUGUUUAUAAUGAUACCAAUACUCACGUGGAAAAUCUUAUUUCUUGUUAA